CCAGUCGAUGCGGCGCUGUCUCUUCGAGCGCACGUAUUACAGAAAGUAUCUCUCAGAUACCCGAACGCCGACUUUAGUGCGCGCCCGUAUGCCAUCUCGCUCUUACACACACAGCCAGUCAAUACGAAUACCUGUAAACGAGCGCGCCAGUACAUGGGUGUGUGUGCGAGUGUUUGUGUGAAAAGUCAGCUAGGAAAAUUGUGCAUGAAAAAUCGGAAAAUCUUUGUUAAAACAACAUCACAACACAGUCAAUGAAACAAAGAUAGCGUAUUCAAUUUGUGUCAAAUAGCAAAACUCUAACAUUGCAAACAAACUGAUAUAUCAGAUGUAUACUAAUUUAUAUAUAUAUAUUUCGACAUCAAGUUGUAUAUUCAUUUAACAGACGAAAAAUCGAUCCAAACGAUGCGAAACAACCAAAAUUUUUAGUCUUUUCUGGCAAAAGGAGUGCAUAUAUCAUAAGUAUAUAUAAAACUAAACGGCUAAUUUCAUUAGUAAAAGUUGUGCAGACAAACGGGAAGAAAGAGAAACACAUUUAAAGCAACAGACGCUGCAAUACGAUAAAAACAACAACAACAACAACAGCAGCGGCAGCAACAGCAGUAGCAGCAACAAGGCGCUUAGUCAUCCGUGUGAGUUACGCCAGCGCAGUUCCAGCUUUCUGGUAGUACGUAGUGCAAGGCACUGUUUGUACCUGUUCCAUUUGUAAGAUACAAAACGCUGCGCAGGAACUUGUGAUUGUUAAUAAUUGCAGCUCGCCUACGCAAGACGACUACGCCACGCUGCUGAUUUCAAUAAUAGUACCAACAACAACAACAAUUAUCGUAGUAACCUGUUGUAUACAUUUGUUGUUCACCUUUCGUUGCCUAAAAACGGUCAAUUCUAAAAACACAAACAGACACAAGCCGAGCGAGAGAGAGUCAAAAUUCAGUUUACAUACAAAACAUACAUACAAAACCAAACCCCGGGGCACACCUGUUUGCAGCCACUGUACUUGAAUAGUAUUUACAUCGUUUGUUAUUUAGUGGCCAACAGAAUUGAAUUGUUAAAAUGUCGCGUCUAACGGAGGAAAUGGUGAUUGCACGUGCCAAGCAAUCGGAUCUGGGCUUAAUUAAGAAACUAAAUUGCUGGGGCAGUGAUCUCAGCGAUGUUAAUAUAAUCAAACGCAUGCGCGGUGUUGAAGUUUUGGCGCUUAGCGUCAAUAAGAUCAGCACUUUGGCACCCUUUGAAGACUGCACUAAACUACAGGAGCUGUAUUUACGUAAAAACAAUAUUCAAAAUAUCAAUGAAAUUGGUUACCUACAAAACUUACCGGCGCUCAAAUAUCUGUGGCUAGAGGAGAAUCCAUGCUGCGAGCGUGCGGGACCAAACUAUCGGGCGAUGGUGUUACGCGCAUUGCCCAACCUCAAGAAGCUCGACAAUGUGGAGGUCACGCAGGAGGAGUUGGAUGAUGCCUUACGCAACAGCAGCUCUCAAAUGGCCGAGGAGGAUGUCUAUGAGGAUGCCUAUGAGGCCAGGCAGCAGCAGCAGCAACAGCAACGCACAUCUCCCCAGCAAAUACAACAGCAGCAGUCGCAGUCGCAGCCGCCAAGCUAUCCACAGCACUCACCGCAACAGCCAUCACCACAGCAGCAGCAACAGCUAACACAGAGGGGCAGUCCCAGUCCCAUGAAAGAGCCGCCACAAUUAGCAAGUCCGCUUGCUAACAACACCGAUGGAACCAAUAAUGUCAGCGAUUUAUAUAGCAAUCAAUUGCAAAACUCAAUGCCCCCGACACCCACAAAGGAACCCGCGCACCCGCCAUCGCCCAAAUAUAACACCAUUACUAAAGAGCAACGCACUUCCUUUCAUCAAUAUGAUCACUCGCCGGGCUCUGAUCAGGAGAGUCCACAUGUUGGCUACAGAGAGACGCGUCCAACGCCCCUCCCGCCUAGCAUAUCCUCACACUCGAUGAAGGAAUACUAUCAGUCGGAUCGGGCAACUUAUCCGGCGCAUUAUCGUCACAGUCAAACCGAUCUAACCGAAUGGGAGGAGCAUCAGCACCAGGCACCACAGGUGCAUCAUAAUCCAUACGGCAGCCAAAUGCAGCUGCAUUAUCCGCAGCGACGCAGCGCGGGCCCCGAGACCGGAGCCGAGCGUUACGCUUAUCGGAAUGGAAGUGCUCGAGAGAAUGGGGGAGAAUGGGAGGUCGAGGAACGCACCAGAUCUAGGCGCCCCGAGGGUCGCUAUAGUGAUGCGGUUAGCACAGUUUCGGCCACCGUCAUGAAUCAUUUUGCAGGCUGUCAUCGACGGCCCGUCAAUCGAAACUCCAAUUUACUGUCUGCCACAUUGUGCCUGGUCAAGGAACUGGACUACGGCAGCCUGGAGGUAUUGGAACACGCUGUGCGCUGUCGCAUUGACGAACUGGCGGGCGAAUGAUGAAGACGUGUAACUAAUCGCAUGUCGAUUAGCUAAUACACGUAAUGGUCUUCGUAGACCUCAGAGUGAAAAUACCAAUUGGAGGAUAGUUGGUAAACUUAACUCAAAGACCAGACAAAAAGACACUCAGCAAUAUAAUGACUCGAAAUUUUCUACUAACAACUUAACGAAUUACAACAACAAAUAUAUAAACUAAACUUGCCAAUUGUAA